AUGCAUUCCGCUGCUGCUAUCCACCACCACCACCAGCACCACCACCACAAACCUUCAGCAACCCCUGCUAGUGGGCGCCACCGCACAAUUGGCCUUUUAAGCAGCUUCAUGCGUCGCUUAUUAAAACUUUUGAUUAGCUGCAUUCUCAUGCCGGCCAUACAACAUCACAUUCACAUUAAUUGGUCUCCAAUGUCAACAUCUCCAACGUCCAGCAUGGUGGUGCAUGCAUCUGCCAUCUCCCUUUCUGUCUCGAUGUCCACAACGAAUGCAACCAAUGUCGCCGGAGUGUCUGUGCGCAGCGCUGCGCAUGACGUCGGUGUUAUGUCUGCUGCAGCGGCUUUGUCCGGCUUGGGUUCACGUGCGCCCGCUUCCUGGUCGGUGGCUGCUUCUCACAUGCGCUUGACGCAACGCAACAAUCAUGCGAAUAUUUCCGAGUUGCUGGACAAUUUAUUACGUGGCUAUGAUAAUAGCAUACGACCGGGAUUUGGCGGCCCACCAGCUACAGUUGAAGUUGACAUAAUGGUACGCAGUAUGGGUCCAAUUUCCGAAGUGGAUAUGACAUAUUCCAUGGAUUGCUAUUUCCGUCAAUCGUGGGUGGAUAAACGUUUAGCCUUCAAGGGCGCUCAAGAUACAUUGGCUUUGAGUGUUUCGAUGUUGGCGCGCAUUUGGAAACCCGACACUUACUUCUAUAAUGGCAAACAAAGUUAUCUACAUACCAUUACGACACCAAAUAAAUUUGUGCGCAUCUAUCAGAAUGGCAGGGUGUUAUAUUCGAGCAGAUUAACAAUCAAAGCUGGCUGUCCAAUGAAUUUAGAAGACUUUCCUAUGGAUAUACAAAAGUGUCCACUAAAGUUUGGCUCAUUUGGCUACACGACAGCGGAUGUUGUUUAUCGUUGGAAUCGCGAGCGACCAGCUGUUGCCAUUGCUGAGGAUAUGAAAUUGUCACAAUUCGAUUUGGUUGAUUGCCCCGCUGGCAACCUCACCGAUGUGAUCUACAAAGCCGCUGCACCGCAUGAUGCAACAUCGGACAGCAGCAACAAUAGGGGUGGCAAUAGAAAUAGCAACAAUUACUACUACAACAACAUGAAUGCGGGCAACGAUUUCAACCACAAUCGUUACAAUCAGAAAUAUGGCAGCAAAUCGAUGAGUACGUUUGCGGGGCCGGGUGCAAAGAAUCAACAUGUACGCGGUACUGGGUCGCAGUUGGACAAAGGUGCUUUCCGACGUCGCAAGCGAGGGCGCGUCGGGUUCGAUAUGUCCGACGAGGAUGAUGAGGAGGCACAUUUGCGAGCGAGUGAAGAACCCACUCCACAUCGUGCCUCCGGCAAGAGACGCAUGUCCUUCUAUCGGCGCGAAGAGUUAGAGGCGCGUCGCAAAGGCAAGCGUGUGCCGCAGUACAAUUCCGUUUCGAAAAUCGAUCGCGCAUCACGUAUCGUCUUUCCGAUGCUCUUCCUACUCAUCAAUGUAUUCUAUUGGUAUGGUUAUUUGUCGCGCAGCUCACGAAUAUUAGCGAAUACGCCAACGACCACCUGAUGUUACCUUUUAGCAAUUUAGAGCAAGUCCGAGAGGAAAUCAAACGAAUGGCAAUGGAGCAGCGUGUAAGGGGCGUAGCAUCACUAACUUAUUUGGAAUAAAAACUUAUUAAUUUGCUAAAUGCUGGUAGUACGAAUUUGGU